AUGGCUCACCCACAGUGUCCUGAAAAACUUGCAGCUGAAGAGCAUGCCCAGCCUCUUCAAACCCCUUGCACGCAAAUGACAUCCUCCAAGGCGCUCGUCCUUGUUCGGCAGCGUGCGUCCGAAGCUGACGAAGGUUGUCCCACCCAGCCGACAACUAGGAUGUCGGCCUCUUCCAUAUUCGAAACAUUCGAGAAAUUCAAAAUGACCCCGGAAGAUUUUGAGAUCGCCUGUCAGAUAAGAAGGAGGGACAUGCAAGGCAAUCCCAACUCAAACUUUUACUACAACAACGUUGCCUACGGUGGAACAGUACACAAUGGAAACAUGUAUACAAACACCGGAAGUACGGGAGUCUCAUGGAAGGGGAUCACCAACUUGCCUGCGAAUACCUUUAUGAACAAUCAUGUCACGGGUGACGUCGAGUUGUACAAUGGUCACUGUUUCGAAAACUUGAGCGAGGUUGAGUCCGAAGUGCCGCCAGUCCUCCCGGACUCCUUUUACAACAACGUCCUGAUCCCCCAAACAACAACUGAUGGAAAAGUCUUCCAAGGCAGGAUUCACAACGGCAUCCGUAUAAUCGUAGGCAGAGGCAGCAGGGAGAAGGAGACAGGGGACAAGGACGCACACAAGGACGCACACAAGGACGCACACAAGGACGCACACAAGGACGCACACAAGGACGCACACAAGGAUGCACACAAGGACGCACACAAGGACGCACACAAGAAGGCUGGGGUUUGA